AUGUCGCGCCCCGAAGACAUCCUACCCCCCGAUCUCUUCUACAAUGACUCGGAAUCGCGAAAAUACACAACCUCUUCACGUAUCCAGAAGAUUCAAUCCACAAUGACCCAUCGCGCCCUCUCCCUUCUCGCACUUUCCUCGCCCUCCAUGAUUCUCGACAUUGGCUGCGGCUCCGGUCUUAGUGGCGAGAUCCUGUCGCAAACCGCAGAACAAGGCACACCUGGCGGCCCACACGUAUGGAUUGGCUUUGACAUUAGCGCAUCCAUGCUGGGCGUUGCGUUGGAGAAAGAGGUAGAAGGAGAUUUGCUGCUAGCCGACGCAGGCCAAGGUGUACCGUUCAGACCAGGAACCUUCGACGCUGCCAUCAGUAUCAGUGCAGUCCAAUGGCUGUGUAACGCUGAAACUAGUGAGGAGAGUCCUGCGGGCAGAUUAUCGAGGUUCUUCAACCAGCUCUAUGCGAGUCUGAAGAGAGGAGGGAGGGCUGUCUGUCAGUUCUACCCAAAGAACGAUGCACAGAAGAAAAUGGUGGCGCAGGCAGCCAUCAAGGCCGGUUUCGGUGCGGGUCUUCUUGAGGAUGACAUGGGAACCAAGAGCGCAAAGACAUAUCUUGUCCUAACUGUGGGCGGAGGAGCGCUCGAUGGCGACAUCACAGGUGUUGUGAGGGGCAUGGAAGGCGUUGACGUCGAUGAUGCACGAAGAAAGGCAAAGGGCAUGAAGAGAGGUGAAGAACGCAAGGGCAGCAAAGCAUACAUCAUGAAGAAGAAGGAGCAGAUGGAGAGGCAAGGCAAGGUUGUCAAGGCGUCGUCCAAGUACACUGGCAGGAAGAGGAGGAUCCAAUUCUAG